AUGGCAUUGGAUCCAAUUGUUACCUCAAAUUCAAGCGCCAGGAGAUGGACAGAACGCAUAAGCAAUGCCCUGAAGAAAGAAGUUGCCAUUGACUUAAAUCUUCUUCCUCCUGUCUGUGUUCUUCAGGUGCCCAAAACACUAAGUGACCAAAAACCAGAAGCCUAUACUCCUCAACUCAUUGGCAUGGGACCAUAUCACCAUUUAAGGCCAGACCUAUAUCAAAUGGAAAGGUACAAACUUGCUGCCAUUAAGGAGAUUCUUGAACCAGCUCAAAUCCUCAAUUUCAAGCACCUCUUGAUCGACAAACUGAGAGAAAAUGACCUCGUUGUUCGUGCUUGUCAUAACCGGUUCAUGGACAUAGAUGAGGAGACUUUAGCUUGGAUAGUAGCCAUAGAUGGUCUGUUCUUGCUUAACAUCCUUCGUUCAUCGUAUGACAAUGUGCAUGAUCAUCAGGAGAUUAUUGACACCAUUUUCACCCGAGACCUCAUGAUGCUCGAGAACCAAAUCCCUUUUUUUGUCUUGAAGCAAAUCAGAAAGUUUCUCUGUCUAUCUUCCCCUGAGGAUAGAGAAGAUAGCGAGUUAGUUUCCAUGUUUAGGCGCUUUUGUGAAAUGCAUUCCCCACUUGCUUUGCCUACAAAUGAUCACUCUAAAAAAGUUCAAGGAACUCAGCCUUUUCACUUGCUUGAUCUUAUGUAUCGUUUAAUCCUAAAUGAUCGUGUAGAUUAUGCUUCUAUUCCAAUGGAAAUGCCAGCCAUCAUUAUCAAACAUGACAAUAUAAAUGAAGAAGAAGAUGAUGGUGAUCAUCAAGAUCGAGAUACACAUGGAGGCAUCAUUCACAACUUCGAAACAAUCUUGGAGGUCGUGGAGAAUAUAGGUCCCAGAAACGUGCAAAAAAUUGUAAAGCCCAUCGACCAGGUUGUAGCAAACAUGCCAUGGUCCACGAUUUCCGGGCUAUUUAGGAAAGGUACGCAAAGAAAUGAAGACAAAGAGAAUGAGAUGAUCACCAUCCCAUCAGCAUCCCGAUUAUGGCAUUGUGCGAGAAUCAGAUGCAGCCCCAUCCAUGAGGGUAUCAGUAGGAUUAAAUUUGAACAAGCUGCUUCAACUUUGUACCUUCCUGUGAUCACUGUGAAUGCUGGUUCAGAAGUCAUACUUAGAAACUUGGUGAUCUAUGAAGCUGCCAUGUCCAAAUCCAAGCUCGAAUUUGCCAGAUACAUCAAUCUAAUGAAUGGGAUUGCAGAUACUGCUGAGAAUGUGAGGUUGCUAAAGCAAAAUGGUGUUAUCAAAGGGGAUUUGACUGAUAAUGAAGUUGCCUGUUUGUUCAGUACUAUGCAAAUGUCAUUUGUGAGGUCUAGUAGAAGUUCUAAUGUGGAGAUUGCCAUGGAGGAAGUCAACAAGUAUUAUGACCAGAUGCUAAUAGUUAGGGCUCAUAGAGGGUUGAAGAAAAACAUCUACCUUUCUUGGAAAUUUUUGACUGCUGCUUUGUCCAUUUCCGUUGUGUUGCUGCUAAUUUUCCAAACAUUUUGCUCUUUAUAUGGCUGCCACAAUGUUUGGGGCAAUAGAAAGUAG